UGUUGUUUUGUUUCUUCACUCUUGUUCAUACUCCCUUCUGUCUUCAAAUUUUACAAGAUUACAAGUUUCAAUAACUAGAAUAAUCAUGGAUGAUUUGGGAGAUAACAUUGAAGCCCAACUCGUUUGUAGAGCUUGCCUACGUAUCGUUGAAUAUAAAGCCCAAAGCUAUGGUCACAUCGAAGAUCCCAAUGGUAGUUUGAAAGACAUGAUUAUGUGUUGUGUUCCAGAGAUGGAUAUAUACGUUUCUUCUGACCCUAUUAUGUGCCUGCCCUGUAUACAAGUUAUAGUCAAUCUGUACAAUUUCAAGAAUAGAUGUAUAAACACUGAGAGUAUCAUUCGUUCUUACAUUCAAAGGAACAAUUUGGAAGAAUACAGCCAUGUGAACUUGAACUGUGUAGUGAAAGAUUUGAUACAAAUAAAUAGGUUUCACAAGGAGCAACAAGAUCGUAUAAUGGCAAUGAGAGCAGCUCUGGAGAGUUACAAUGAACACAGUGUACGCCCACAUUUCCUUGUUCCCUCAAACACUCCACCGCCCAUUGGUGAUAUGCCACAACUCUCAUUCUUCCCAAGACAUUUCCUUAGCAAUUAUAUUGAACCUCCUCCUUUACACCCAAUUUCAGAACCAGGAAAUGUGUUUGCUAUGCAGGAGUCUCCUUUUGCAGCUUGUUCAGAGCUGGUUGCUUCCCAGGAAAGUGAGGUUCAAUUGCAACAAGCUAAUAUAACCUCUUCUGAGGAAUGCCAAAGGGAAGAAUUGGUUGCAGCUAAGAAGGAUUUGGGUUCAGAGAAUUCUUAUGUAAGUCCUAUUGAAUCUAAAUUGAGGCUGGUUGUGAAGAUUCCUAGAAGUCAGAUAACUAUUCCCCUGGAAGCUAGUAAAGAUGGGGUGGAGGACAAGAAUGAGGAUUCUAGUGAGAAGGAAAAUAGGCAGGAGGAAAUGGAAAUACCAGAGAUUUCCCAUAUGGAAGAAGAGCCAACAGACAGUGACCAGUCCUUCAAAUUUUCCGAAAAAUAUGACGACAUCAACAAAAUCUACAAUUGCAGCUGUAUGUAUCUGACGACGUCUGAGGCGCUGUUCAUAGAGCACAAAAAAAAGUGCAGGAACAGAAGCAACAACCUGUUGAAGUGCCCGCACUGUUUGCACGUCACAAAUCGCCCAUAUGCACUUAGCAAGCACAUCAACACGAUGCACACGAAGGCCGUUUGGUUCGUGUGCGAGUAUUGCACUUAUCGCAGCACGGCGAAAGAAUGUCUCAGAAGACACAUCAGAAAGAAUCACAGCGACAACGUCGACAUCUCGGCAGAUCACGCUUGCCAAAUUUGCGGCCAAAAGUGCACCAGUGAGUUCAACCUGAGCAAGCACAUGCUGAAGCACGCUGCCACCUUGUUGAGCUGCGUGUUUUGCUCGUACACGUCGAAGGACCGCAGCAACUUCCGCAAACACAUUUUCACGCACAACACGAAACCGUUGGUGUGUCACGUGUGCGGCUACACGAACGUGUCGCCCUAUCAGAUGCGUAUUCAUCUCAAGCAGCGGCACGGCGGGGUGGGGGUGGAAAUGGUCGACUGUAGGAGCGACAGGCCUGUGUCGGAAAUCAUCAACGACAUCAAAGUUUCGCUGAUGGAAGAAAAAGGAUUGAUAGAUGAGUAUAUGGGAUGAAUGCUUCUUUAUAUUAUUGUUCUGUGAUAACAUUUUUGUACUUUCCAUUUAGGUAAGUUUUUUUUUUAGUUUCGGAAUGUACAAACUGAUAUAAUUUGUCUAGAGAUAUCUGCCCUAGUUCAAUGAAUAUUUGAGAAGAGAAAGUAAUUGUAAAAGUAAGUCGAAAUAUUGUUCCUCGCUUUUUUUACCCUUAAUUUUUUUAAACUUCAAUAUUCUCUAUUUUUAUAAUAUUUAUUCUCAGCCAUUUUUUUCUAUACAUCAUACAUAUUUUUUCUUUAGACAUCAUGCUCGAAUGAGCAAACCAACCCUAUCC